AUGGAUAUAAACUUUAUUUAUGUCUCUCUAUUCUUUCUUUCUCCUCAGGAAAGGGUCUUCCUCACUGUCUCCAACUACAUCUUCACUGCCAUCUUUGUGGCUGAGAUGACAGUCAAGGUGGUGUCUAAGGGGCUCUACCUCGGCGAGAGGGCCUACCUUCGCAGCAGCUGGAACAUCCUGGACGGCUUCCUGGUCUUCGUGUCGCUCGUGGACAUUGUUGUUUCCAUGGCGGGCGGCGCCAAGAUCUUAGGCGUCUUGCGUGUGCUCCGGCUGCUCAGGACAUUGCGCCCCCUCAGGGUCAUCAGUCGAGCUCCGGGACUAAAGUUGGUAGUGGAGACCCUCAUCACCUCUCUGAAGCCCAUCGGCAACAUCGUGCUCAUCUGCUGUGCCUUCUUCAUCAUCUUCGGCAUCCUCGGGGUCCAGCUUUUUAAAGGGAAGUUCUACUACUGCGUGGGGUUGGACGUGAAGAACAUCACCAACAAAUCCGACUGCCUGUCCGCCAAUUACCGAUGGGUCCACCACAAAUACAAUUUUGACAACCUUGGACAGGCUUUGAUGUCCUUGUUUGUGCUGGCCUCUAAGGAUGGCUGGGUCAACAUCAUGUAUCACGGACUGGAUGCAGUAGGCAUAGAUCAGCAGCCGGUCAUGAACUACAGUCCGUGGAUGCUGCUCUACUUCAUCUCCUUCCUGCUGAUCGUCAGCUUCUUCGUGCUCAACAUGUUCGUGGGCGUGGUGGUGGAGAACUUCCACAAGUGCCGGCAGAACCAGGAGGUGGAGGAGGCCAAGCGGAGGGAGGAGAAGAGGCUCCGCCGCAUGGAGAGGAAGAGACGGAAGGCUCAGAAGGUCCCCUACUACGCCAACUAUGGCCACGUGCGCCUGAUGAUCCACACCUUCUGCACCAGCCACCACCUCGACAUCUUCAUCACGCUCAUCAUCUGCGUCAAUGUAGUCACCAUGUCCCUGGAGCACUACAGCCAGCCACAGUCUCUUGAGACAACCCUGAAGUUCUGCAAUUACUUCUUCACCACCACCUUCGUGAUCGAGACGGCGCUCAAGCUGGUGUCCUUUGGCGUCCGCCGCUUCUUCAAAGUCAGGUGGAACCAGCUGGAUCUGGCCAUCGUGCUGCUGUCUGUGAUGGGCAUCAUACUGGAGGAGAUCGAGAUCAACGCCUCGCUGCCCAUCAACCCCACCAUCAUACGCAUCAUGCGGGUGCUGCGCAUCGCCCGAGUCCUCAAGCUGUUGAAGAUGGCGACGGGAAUGCGUGCUCUGCUUGAUACAGUGGUCCAGGCCUUACCACAGGUGGGGAACCUCGGGCUGCUCUUCAUGCUGCUCUUCUUCAUCUAUGCUGCUCUGGGAGUCGAGCUGUUUGGGGAGUUGGUGUGCAACGAGGAGUUCACGUGCGAGGGCAUGAGCCGGCACGCCACCUUCGAGAACUUCGGCAUGGCGUUCCUCACGCUCUUCCAGGUCUCCACGGGCGACAACUGGAAUGGCAUCAUGAAGGACACCCUUCGCGAGUGCCCAGCUGGCGAGUACAACUGCAACCCCAGCCUGCAGUUCAUCUCGCCAAUGUACUUUGUGAGCUUCGUGCUGACGGCGCAGUUCGUGCUCAUCAACGUGGUGGUGGCCGUGCUCAUGAAGCACCUGGACGACUCCAACAAGGAGGCCAUGGAGGACGCCGAGAUGGACGCCGAGAUCGAGCUGGAGCUGGCCCAGAGCGGCCUCUGCUGCCUGGGAGGCGUCGGUGCCGCCGCCGGUGGUGCCGGUGCCGCCGCUGCAGCCGGGGUGGGAGGGAGUGUAGGACCUGGGGUCGACCGCGGAGGAGGAGGAGGAGGAAGAGGGGGGGUAGGCGAGAUGGGGUGCAGACACCAGGGCGUUACGGCGGCCAGCCCCCAUUGUCCGCACGGGGCAUCGAGUCCGCGCCUGAUGGGCCAUGAUGCCUGCAGUUGCCGCAGGCUCUACUCGCCAGCACAGGAGAACCAGUGGCUGGACAGUGUGUCACUGCUCAUCAAGGACUCCCUGGAAGGGGAGAUGCUGAUGAUUGACAACCUGUCAGGCUCCGUGUUCCACCACUACUCCUCUCCGCCCGUGUGCCGGGACUGCCACCACCAUCCACAGGAGAUCCAGUUGGCUGAGGUGGAGCAGGCGUCUCUGAUGUCGGAGCAGCUGUCGGAUAAGUCGUCCUCACUGGCGUUGCCUGAUGACCUCAGCCUGGACGACCACAGCGUGUACCAGCUGCUCGUCAGGGACAGCAAGGAGGAGAGGGGAAGCAGUGACUCCCAUAGCUCAGAGGAGCUCCGGAGCAGCCAGGCCAGGUGCGGGGGCUCGCAGACCCACAGUCCCCAGAGGAAAGAGGGGGAGACGGGGCUCCUGGACGUGAGCCUGGGGCCUCAGAGUCCAGCCCAGCGCCUCCUGCUGCUGCAACAGCACCAGCACACCCCAACCAACAGCCGAGGUAACACUCCAGCCCCACGGGACGGAGACACACAUCCCCCUCAACGCGUCUCUCUCCUUCUCUAUCCUUCAUCACAGUGGUGUUUCUGUCACUUCCCUUCACAACAACCGGAGGGGCCUGUGAUCCAUACAAACACUACAGUGUUAUUGAUGUAUGAACUGUAUGAACUGUAAGCACUCUGUCCGCAGCAGAGCUGAUUCUUUAUUACCCUGUCACACUCAGGUUACAUUCUGA